GUUGAUUUGCAGGAUUGUUUAGACAAACUCCGAUCAAGUAGACAUAAAAAAGUCUUUGUUCCCUUUUUUUUCCUUUCUUUCUUUCUUCCUUUCUUCCUUUUCUUUACUUUACUUUUUUAUACGUUUUAUUAUCAAUCAAAUAUGAUGGCUCAAGCAUUCAACCGAAAUUUGACUCAAUUUGUUAUGCGUCCCGCUGUUGGUGAAGUGGGUACACCAGUACGUGUACGAAGCAAUUUCUUUGAAGUGACUACUCUUCCAGCCCAAAAUAUAUAUCAUUUUAAUGCACAAGUCUUACCCGACGGUUAUCCUCCUGCUGUUCUCAGAAAGGUGUGGCAUUACUUUGAAGAUAGUGAAAUAGGUCAAAUAUUCCUUAACAGCACCAAGGCGAUAUAUGAUGGCCAUUCAAAUCUUUUUUCAUCUAUUCCUCUACAAUGUGAUUGCAAUAAUCUUGGAGUAUCCUUUGAAAUCAAUCUUCAACAAGGAAACCGUUCUGAUGGCACUUUUAAGCUAAAUAUCAAGCCUAUGGGUAUAGUGAGCAUGCAUGAACUACAGUUCUUCUUGGAUGGGAGGAUUGGUCUCACCAAUAACUGUUGCACUGCCAUCAAGUUUCUUGAUGUUCUAUUUCGCCAAGUUCCCAGCUUGAUGUAUCCAACUAUCGGUCGUUCUUUCUUCAAUUCUCAAGACAAAAUUCUUUUAUCCAAUGGCGCUGAAGUAUGGCAAGGCUUCCACCAAUCUACUCGUCCCACUCAGGGCAAAAUAAUGGUCAAUGUUGAUGUCAGUGCUACUGCUUUCUAUGAAUCUGGUCCCCUUCAUGAAAUGUUACCCAAGAUACUUGACCGCCGCAGUCUUGAUGAUCUUCGUCGUGGUAUUCCUGAUCGUGAUCGUGUCAAAGUUGAAAAAAUACUCAAGAAUCUCAAGAUCGUUGUUGUCCAUCGUGGUGCUGAAAAACGAUUGAAGUACAAGAUUAACAAGCUCACUCCUACUUCUGUUGAAAAUACUGUAUUCAAGGAUGAUCUUGGAAAUGAAAUUACGGUUGCUCAAUACUUUCAAAAGACUUACAAUAGACGUUUGGCCUUUCCUUUCUUACCCUGUGUUGUUGUCAAGAAAGAUAUCUUUUUGCCUAUGGAAGUUUGUGAAGUCAUUCCUGGCCAACGCUAUACGAAGAAAUUGAAUGAAAAACAAACUGCUGAGAUGACCAAGUUUAUUUACCAGAAAUCCAAUGUCCGUGCCAACAAGAUCAAUCAAUUUGUCAAUCUUCUCAAAUACAAGGAUAACCCAUAUAUUCAACAAUUUGGUGUCAAUGUCAAGUCUGAUAUGACCAUGAUCAAUGCUCGUGUUCUUCCUCCUCCAAAGAUCUCUUAUCAUGCUUCAUCUCAAGAUGCUACUUUUACUCCUACAGGCGGCGCAUGGAACCUUCGUGACAAGAAAGUCGCAAAGGGUGUCAAUUUGGGUUCGUGGUCUGUUGUCAAUUUUGCAAGCAAAGUACAUGAUGAUAUGAUCCAACGUUUUAUCCGUGAACUAUGUCAAACGUUCCUUGAUACUGGAUUGAAUGUCAUCAACCGCAAUCCACCUAUUACUCAUGCUAAUCCUCAAGGCAAUAUCGAACGUACUCUUAAAGAAGCUUGGUUGAAGGCUGGUAAUGCUGCCAAGGCUAAACCUCAAUUGAUAUUCUGUAUCUUGCCCAAUACUGGUGCUUCACUUUAUGCUGAAAUCAAGCGUAUCUCUGAUACAGUUAUUGGUAUUCCUACUCAAUGUGUCCAAAGUGAGCAUAUUGGUGAUCCCAAGAAACAUUAUUGUGCCAACGUAUGUUUGAAAGUGAAUAUGAAGCUUGGUGGUAUCAACUUGUUUAUGGAUCGUUCCCAGAUUCCUUUUAUCUACAGCAGAAACACUAUCGUUUUUGGAGCUAAAGUCACUCAUCCUGCCCCUGGUGAUAUGAACAGACCUUCCGUUGUUGCUUUGACUGCUAGUAUGGAUUGCUCAAGUUAUGAAUCUACCGUCCGUAUACAAGCCAAGAAUACUGAAAUAAUUGCUGAUUUAGCCAAUAUGGUCAAGGAAUUAUUGCAAAGGUUCUCUCAAGAUCGCAGACGUAGGCCUCAGCAGAUCUUGCUUUACCGUGGUGGGAUUUCUGAAUCCCAGUUUGAUCAAGUGCUCAAGAACGAAGUUGCUGCCAUCCAUGCUGCCUGUGCUUCCUUGGAUAAGACUUACAAGCCUCCUCUCACCUUUGUGGUCGUUCAAAAAUGUCAUCAUGCUCAGUUCUUCCCUGUUGGGCCCGAUGACACUGAUCAAAGUGGCAACUGCCGACCGGGUACUGUUGUGGAUACCGAUAUCGUACAUCCCUUUGAAUUUGAUUUUUAUUUGCAAUCCCAUGCUGAUGUCCAAGGUACUCCUCGCCCUACUCGCUACCACGUCCUUUACGAUGACAACAAUUUUUCGUCCGAUGAUCUCCAAAAACUUACCUACCACCUUUGUUAUAUUUCUGGCCGUGUCACUCGGUCUGUUUCUAAAUGUCAGCCAUUAUAUUAUGCUGAUUUGGUCGCCACUCGUGCUCGUCUCCAUUGCAAGGGUGAAAACUGGGAAGAUACUGAUGCUGCUAGCGAAUCGAUGGGUAGUGGUGCUCAAACGGCCGGUUUUGCUGCCAUCAAGCCUGAUUUACAAAAAGUCAUGUACUUUAUGUAAACGUAUA